AUGGCUUCGACGUACAAAAACAUCAGCUUUGAGAUCCGCGAUAAGAUUGGGAUUAUCAAGCUGAACAGACCGAAGCUGUUGAACUCCUGGGAUGAUGCUGUCGUCGCGGAUAUGGUUGGUGCCUUUCGGGAGCUCGACGAGCACCCGCAUACGGUCUUUACUGUUUUGACGGGUGAAGGGCGGUUCUUCUCUGCCGGGGCUGAUGUUCGAGGGAAAGGAAAGGAAUGCCUAACAAGCAGUACAGCUGGUAUCCCUUCUCUACCUGCGGAGGCUACCGCAGCGGAGACAAAGCUCUUCUUCAUGAACAAAUUCUCAACCACCGUCGAACUCUUCCGCUCCAUGAUCGACCACAAAAAAGUCUUCGUCCUCGCCAUGAACGGCCCCGCAGUCGGCGGCGGCGCCGCCUGGUUCAACGGCAUCGCAGACAUCGUGCUAGCCGCCUCAAACACCUACAUUCAGAUCCCCUUCAGCUCUCUCGGCCUGGUGCCCGAGUACGGGAGUGCCAACACCUUUGCGCAAAGCAUGGGCGUGCGCCGCGCGAACGACCUCCUGAUGUUCGGGCGCAAGUGCCCGGUCGAAGAGCUGCAGGCGUGCGGGCUGGUGAACCGCGUCUUCCCCGUGGACGGGUUCCAGGAGCAUGUUGGGAAGUUCUUGGAGGAGCAGCUUGCCGCGAAUGACGGGAAGAGUAUGAUGGAGGUGAAGCGGUUGCAGAAUGCGCCGCUUAGGUCGGACCGCUUGCUUGCGGUUUAUGAGGCUACGCAUGCGCUGGCGGAGAGGUUCGUCGAUGGGACGCCUUAUGAGCGGUUUCGCGCUAGAAGGGAGCAGCUGAUUGCUGCGAGUAAGAAACGCGAGGGGAAACCCAAGGCUUCGCUGUGA